UGACGUUUCUGUUUAACGUGAUGACGUCGUGUUGUAGGCUCAGCUAUGAUGGCAGCCCUGGGUUGACAUCGAUACAUUACUGAAUAUAAACUAUUUAAAAGUUAGCGGAAAAACCCCGACACAAUAACGUAGAACAAAUUAACAGUUUUCUGAUAGCACACACUUAAACACACCGGCCCGGUUUGGGGAACGGUCAGCAUGUUGGGGUAGGUCUAUGAACCAACUGUCUUUCCUUGCAUCCUUCUCUUUACAUGAAGUGGCACUAUGCCCGCAGCUACUGUGGAUCACAGCCAAAAAAUAUGUGAGGUUUGGGCCAACAACCUGGAGGAGGAGCUGAAGAGGAUCCGACAUGUCAUCCGAAAAUACAACUACAUUGCUAUGGACACAGAGUUUCCGGGUGUAGUAGCCAGACCAAUUGGAGAGUUCAGAAGCAACGCUGACUAUCAGUACCAGUUACUGCGUUGCAAUGUGGAUUUGCUCAAAAUAAUCCAGCUGGGCCUUACAUUUAUGAACGAACAAGGGGAAUACCCUCUGGGAACAUCAACAUGGCAGUUCAAUUUUAAGUUUAAUCUCACAGAAGACAUGUACGCACAGGACUCCAUUGAGCUCUUGACCACUUCGGGGAUUCAGUUCAAGAAGCACGAGGACGAAGGCAUCGAGACGCUGUACUUUGCAGAGCUGCUGAUGACAUCGGGAGUGGUGCUCUGCGAUGGUGUCAAGUGGCUGUCUUUUCACAGUGGCUAUGACUUUGGAUACCUGGUCAAGAUUCUGUCCAACGCUAACCUGCCUGAGGAGGAGGUGGACUUCUUUGAGAUUCUUCGCUUGUACUUUCCAGUCAUUUAUGAUGUCAAGUACCUCAUGAAGAGUUGUAAAAACCUGAAGGGCGGGCUGCAGGAAGUCGCUGAGCAACUGGAGCUGGAGAGGAUCGGACCACAGCAUCAGGCCGGCUCGGACUCUUUACUCACAGGCAUGGCUUUCUUCAAGAUGAGAGAGAUGUUCUUUGAGGAUCAUAUUGAUGAUGCAAAGUACUGUGGUCACCUGUACGGGCUCGGCUCCGGCUCCGCCUACGUCCAGAACGGAACAGGGAACGCUUACGAAGAAGAGGCUAACAAGCAGCAGUCGUGACAUCCCUCUGAAAACUCGCCCACAUGCACAAUCAGUGCGGCGCUGAAGCCGAGCUUUCGCCAAACGGAUGAUGUUGAUAAUGGAAGAACACGAAAACAUAACGCACAUCAUUUAGCAAGCUGCUUCUCAUAGGCUCUGCUCACUUUAGACAACUGAAUAAGAUGGUCAAAAAAAAAAUUAACCACAGCUGUCCUCACACAUACCCAUGCUGGCUGCUUGUGUGUGUGUGUGUGUGUGUGUGUGUGUGUGUGUGUGUGUGUGUUCUUUUAGCACUACAAAGCAGUGUAGAUGUUUUGGUUUGGAUCAGUUGAAUUUAACAUGCUUGAAAAGAUGGGAUUUUAGUUUUCCUAAAAUGUUCUGUAGACAUGUUUUGCACUUUAAAGCUCUAACCUGAUUUUAUAUGGAAAGCUGAAAAAUAAGGUUUCUGGUGUCUUCUCUCCUCUUUGUUGCCUUCUCUACGUUCCUGUUUUACAUUGUGAACAUAUAAACCUUUACUAUCACAACAUCCGCUCUCACCACGCUCAGCCUUAAUACUAGCUGCAUUCUUAUCUUUUAUUUAAACUUUAAUUUAUUGUGCUGGUUAUCUGGCGUUGAGCAGACGCUCCAGUCAACACUCAAAGACACCACAUGUCACUAUGCUCGCCCUCUGUCAUUGGAUCUCCUGUAUGAUAAUGAGAAAGGGAGCCGUCAGUCAGAGGGGUUUACAUGCACAUGACUGUUUCAUUGAAGUUUUUUUUAUAUAUAUAUAUAUAUAUAAAGAUGUUUAUAAUGACCUGAAUAAGAUCUAAUAAUCCCACUGAAAAACAAACUGGUGUAUUCUGCUUGUUCAGUUUGAAGAUGGGAUACGAGGUGAACACAUUUUCCUCCUUACUAUUCGUUUUCCUGUUUGGAUUUAUUAUAAUGAUAUACAGUAUGUACUAGAUGCAUACAAAUGCUUUUCAUUGGAGGAUUAUGAAUUCUUUGUGCAUGUAAACACGCUCAUUGACACAAGCACAUAAGAACACAGAUGCGUUACCUCUCCACAUGGUCUUGCAAUUAUUUCAACCAAAUUCACCAGACCUUAAAAAAAAAAA